AUACAAGGAUGCCUUCCAUACUCCAAAAUCUAACCCAAGCUAACUCUCGAAAAGGUCAGAGUGUGGUGGACAAGAAAAAGGCACUUGGAGAUUUUGGAGUAUGGAAGGCAUCCUUGUAUUCUUUCAAAAGGUCAGAGUGUGGUGGACAAGAAAAACCGUAUGUAUUUCUACCUGUGAUUUCUAUUGACAUGUAACUCAACCCCUAUGCUUGCAAUUGGUUGGAUCAUUCUAAAAUAAUCUAUUGGUUAAGACUCACACCUUGCAAGUACCACAUCGACUGGAGAGGGGAACGAAAAAUUUCUUACUAGGGAGAGAUGCGUUUUGAAAUCGUGAAGCUGAUGACGAUAAGUAACGGGCCAAAGUGGAUAAUAUCUACUAGCAGUGGACUUGAGCUGUUACACACUUGCUCAUUUUCGGUAUUUCCACACUCAUUGACCCCCUUGAUUCCUUAAAUGUGCUACUACUUUAUAUCAGUUGAUAAGACAAAAAAAAAAAAAAACAAUUUAAACAAACACUUCCAAAAUGAUGAUUUUUUUAAGUAAGAGAUCAAAGUAUGGACAGAACAUAGCUAAAACACCAUAUAGAUGUUUGUCGAGCGAAGUCUUGCCAAGGGAAAAUUAGUUCAUGAUGGUGAAAAGAAACUUAAAACAAACAAGCACUUGAUGACAAAGACGUGUAAAUUUUCUCAUCAGCUUCAAGAAUCAGCAUUUCUAUUACCAAUGUAAUGGAAUUUGUCUGGAAGUAUCUAUGAGUUGACAGAGAUAUAUGGAAACAAUUGACCAAUGAACCUGAAAUUUGUGGUAUAAAAUACAGCGAACAUGGAGUGGGAGAAGAAAAUGGAUGGCCCUUUCAUGAGUUGGGCAAAGCCAUGUGAACCAGUAUACUCAAAUAUACCCAACCACCAGACAUCAAUACCCCCACAUAGCCACUGGAAAGGCCACACUCACCAGCAUAGAUAGGACUUCCUUCACAAACUCUAUAUAUAUAAACAUCAAAAUGAGCCUUCAAACACAAAAUUCAACUCAUUUCAAGUACUACAUCCUCUUAUAGUUAGCUCCUGACCUUUUUGACACUCUUUUCAUCUCAAGAAAAUGGGGAUUCGGUUUCUAUCUUUGGUUCCUCAUGCCAAGCAAAUUCUGAAGAUGCAGUCAGGUUUCACCAAAAACCAGUUGGAUGUUCCAAAAGGUCAUGUCGCAGUUUAUGUGGGAGAGUUCCAAAGGAAGCGGUUUGUGGUUCCAAUAUUUUACCUAAACCAUCCAUCGUUCCAGCAAUUGCUCAGCCACGCAGAGGAGAAGUUUGGGUUCCAUCAUCCACAUGGAGGCCUAACAAUUCCUUGCAAAGAAGACGCCUUUAUCCAUCUCACUUCUAGACUGCAAGUAUCUUGAACGAUGAACAGAAAUGCUCAAGCUGCAAUUUUUUACAACCUUUUCUGGUUGUUUCUGACUCAAUUGUAUUUUGACCCAUACUAGAAUGUUGUAGAAUGGAAUGUCCUUCUUGCCUGUAAAUGAGUGGCAUUGUAAUGGUGCAUUUACCAACAGAAGUGAAUCAAAAGAAAACACAAAUUUAGCAUCAAUUUCUAUAUAGCCUUUUCUUUUCUGCUUUA